AUGGGGAUGUGGGCGAAUGGGGAGUGGGGGAUAGGGAUGUGGGCGAAUGGGGAUGUGGGGGAUGGGGAUGUGGGGGAUGGGGAUGUGGGGGAUGUGAAUGUGGGGGAUGGGGAUGUGGGGGAUGGGGGGAUGUGGGGGAUGGAUGGGGAUGGGGGUUGUGCGGGAUGUGGAGGAUGUGGGGGAUGUGGGGGAAAGGGGGAUGUGGAUGUGGGGGAUGUGGGGGAUGUGGGGGAUGUGGGGGAUGUGGGGGCGGUGGCACGUGAGACAGGAUUGAGGCAAGGAGGUAAAAAACUGGACAGGGGCUCAGCACAGAGGCGACUUCAUCUUGAAGGUGCGGCAAAGCGGACUGAACUGAGCAAGGACGAGCAGAGGUGGAGUGAGCGAGACAGAGGCAAAGGCAAGGCACCCAUGGUCGCGUGUAGAGAAGCAAACGGAUGGCGGCUCACCUUGCCUGAGGUGAGGUGGAGUAACAACGCCACUGAGGUGAGGUGGAGUAACAACGCCACUGAGGUGAGGUGGAGCAACAACGCCACUGAGGUGAGGUGGAGUAACAACGCCACUGAGGUGAGGUGGAGUAACAACGCCACUGAGGUGAGGUGGAGUAACAACGCCACUGAGGUGAGGUGGAGUAACAACGCCACUGAGGUGAGGUGGAGUAACAACGCCACUGAGGUGAGGUGGAGCAACAACGCCACUGAGGUGAGGUGGAGUAACAACGCCACUGAGGUGAGGUGGAGUAACAACGCCACUGAGGUGAGGUGGAGUAACAACGCCACUGAGGUGAGGUGGAGUAACAACGCCACUGAGGUGAGGUGGAGCAACAACGCCACUGAGGUGAGGUGGAGUAACAACGCCACUGAGGUGAGGUGGAGUAACAACGCCACUGAGGUGAGGUGGAGUAACAACGCCACUGAGGUGAGGUGGAGUAACAACGCCACUGAGGUGAGGUGGAGCAACAACGCCACUGAGGUGAGGUGGAGUAACAACGCCACUGAGGUGAGGUGGAGUAACAACGCCACUGAGGUGAGGUGGAGUAACAACGCCACUGAGGUGAGGUGGAGUAACAACGCCACUGAGGUGAGGUGGAGUAACAACGCCACUGAGGUGAGGUGGAGUAACAACGCCACUGAGGUGAGGUGGAGUAACAACGCCACUGAGGUGAGGUGGAGCAACAACGCCACUGAGGUGAGGUGGAGUAACAACGCCACUGAGGUGAGGUGGAGUAACAACGCCACUGAGGUGAGGUGGAGUAACAACGCCACUGAGGUGAGGUGGAGUAACAACGCCACUGAGGUGAGGUGGAGUAACAACGCCACUGAGGUGAGGUGGAGUAACAACGCCACUGAGGUGAGGUGGAGUAACAACGCCACUGAGGUGAGGUGGAGUAACAACGCCACUGAGGUGAGGUGGAGUAACAACGCCACUGAGGUGAGGUGGAGUAACAACGCCACUGAGGUGAGGUGGAGUAACAACGCCACUGAGGUGAGGUGGAGUAACAACGCCACUGAGGUGAGGUGGAGUAACAACGCCACUGAGGUGAGGUGGAGUAACAACGCCACUGAGGUGAGGUGGAGUAACAACGCCACUGAGGUGAGGUGGAGUAACAACGCCACUGAGGUGAGGUGGAGUAACAACGCCACUGAGGUGAGGUGGAGUAACAACGCCACUGAGGUGAGGUGGAGUAACAACGCCACUGAGGUGAGGUGGAGUAACAACGCCACUGAGGUGAGGUGGAGUAACAACGCCACUGAGGUGAGGUGGAGUAACAACGCCACUGAGGUGAGGUGGAGUAACAACGCCACUGAGGUGAGGUGGAGUAACAACGCCACUGAGGUGAGGUGGAGUAACAACGCCACUGAGGUGAGGUGGAGUAACAACGCCACUGAGGUGAGGUGGAGUAACAACGCCACUGAGGUGAGGUGGAGUAACAACGCCACUGAGGUGAGGUGGAGUAACAACGCCACUGAGGUGAGGUGGAGUAACAACGCCACUGAGGUGAGGUGGAGUAACAACGCCACUGAGGUGAGGUGGAGUAACAACGCCACUGAGGUGAGGUGGAGUAACAACGCCACUGAGGUGAGGUGGAGUAACAACGCCACUGAGGUGAGGUGGAGUAACAACGCCACUGAGGUGAGGUGGAGUAACAACGCCACUGAGGUGAGGUGGAGUAACAACGCCACUGAGGUGAGGUGGAGUAACAACGCCACUGAGGUGAGGUGGAGCAACAACGCCACUGAGGUGAGGUGGAGUAACAACGCCACUGAGGUGAGGUGGAGUAACAACGCCACUGAGGUGAGGUGGAGUAACAACGCCACUGAGGUGAGGUGGAGUAACAACGCCACUGAGGUGAGGUGGAGUAACAACGCCACUGAGGUGAGGUGGAGUAACAACGCCACUGAGGUGAGGUGGAGUAACAACGCCACUGAGGUGAGGUGGAGCAACAACGCCACUGAGGUGAGGUGGAGUAACAACGCCACUGAGGUGAGGUGGAGUAACAACGCCACUGAGGUGAGGUGGAGUAACAACGCCACUGAGGUGAGGUGGAGUAACAACGCCACUGAGGUGAGGUGGAGUAACAACGCCACUGAGGUGAGGUGGAGUAACAACGCCACUGAGGUGAGGUGGAGUAACAACGCCACUGAGGUGAGGUGGAGUAACAACGCCACUGAGGUGAGGUGGAGUAACAACGCCACUGAGGUGAGGUGGAGUAACAACGCCACUGAGGUGAGGUGGAGUAACAACGCCACUGAGGUGAGGUGGAGUAACAACGCCACUGAGGUGAGGUGGAGUAACAACGCCACUGAGGUGAGGUGGAGUAACAACGCCACUGAGGUGAGGUGGAGUAACAACGCCACUGAGGUGAGGUGGAGUAACAACGCCACUGAGGUGAGGUGGAGUAACAACGCCACUGAGGUGAGGUGGAGUAACAACGCCACUGAGGUGAGGUGGAGUAACAACGCCACUGAGGUGAGGUGGAGUAACAACGCCACUGAGGUGAGGUGGAGUAACAACGCCACUGAGGUGAGGUGGAGUAACAACGCCACUGAGGUGAGGUGGAGUAACAACGCCACUGAGGUGAGGUGGAGUAACAACGCCACUGAGGUGAGGUGGAGUAACAACGCCACUGAGGUGAGGUGGAGUAACAACGCCACUGAGGUGAGGUGGAGUAACAACGCCACUGAGGUGAGGUGGAGUAACAACGCCACUGAGGUGAGGUGGAGUAACAACGCCACUGAGGUGAGGUGGAGUAACAACGCCACUGAGGUGAGGUGGAGUAACAACGCCACUGAGGUGAGGUGGAGUAACAACGCCACUGAGGUGAGGUGGAGUAACAACGCCACUGAGGUGAGGUGGAGUAAUAACGCCACUGAGGUGAGGUGGAGUAACAACGCCACUGAGGUGAGGUGGAGUAACAACGCCACUGAGGUGAGGUGGAGUAACAACGCCACUGAGGUGAGGUGGAGUAACAACGCCACUGAGGUGAGGUGGAGUAACAACGCCACUGAGGUGAGGUGGAGUAACAACGCCACUGAGGUGAGGUGGAGUAACAACGCCACUGAGGUGAGGUGGAGUAACAACGCCACUGAGGUGAGGUGGAGUAACAACGCCACUGACACCAGCGUGCUGUUCGGCAAUCCCCACCACUGA